UACAAACAAAACAAUUCAACGAUUCUGUAGUGCAAGCGGUGUUUAUCAUUCUUUAAAAUUUAGUGAAUGAAACUGCCGAAACAACGAAUCGAUGAACUGGACGCCAGGUACGAUUGUAGGUACAGUGAAACCGGUCGAUGGAACAGUCAUUCCGGUUGUUCCGAACCCGGUAGUGCCACCAGAAUCUUUGGCCCUACCGGUGGCAACCAGCAGCAGCAGCAAACCUCUACAAGGUACCAUCAUAAAUCCAGCAUCUCGCGGCCAACUCAAUAAAUCGGAUAAAAUUGCUGGUACCAUCAAAAUUGCCGGCAGUAAUCAACCCGGCAUUAGCGCCGAUGAACUGACCAAACGUGCGAUCGACGAAAUCCAGCAGGACGUCCGGAUCGGGCGCGUUCGUGCCGGGCAGGUUGGCGCCCUCGGUUGGCGGCCGUGCCCGCUGAGAAAGACAAACAAACGGUUCCUAAACCGGACAGUGCAUUCGGCGGUUCAGCACAAUAAGCGCGAAGCGGUGCGGCACUUUCACUCGUCCACACGGAAGCUGAUCGAACUGGAUCAGGCGGACAGCCGGUAUCGGCAGUCGCGAAAGCGAACUGGCGGGCGCGAGAUGGCUAGUGGUGACGGUGAUAGUGCCACCAGUAGGGUGGUGGUGAUUGAUGAACUGGAGGAGGGUGAGGUGCGAGAUGAUUGACUGAGUUUAGGUUUAAGUCGGAGAAGUAUGGUAAGUGAGUAUGAAUUAAUAUUAUUUUGC